AUGCUCAUGCCGAAAAUUCCAAAAUUUAUACAAGUUUAUAUAGCCGUUGCUUUUUCUGAAAGGGAUUUUCCAUCGUAUUCAAAAAUAUUUAAUAAAACUUUGUCAAGCAUUCCAAACAGUUUUUUAAUAUUGGAUUCGUUAAAUCGUUAUUAUAAUAUUUCCGUGGCUCCACUUUUUUUCGUUUUACCCAAUUCCGGACGAUUUUCCUCGUCCAUUUAUGAAGUUUUAUGUAGUUCUUUUGAUAAAAAAAGAGUCGUCGCCAUUUUGGUUAUUGGUGAAAGUCCGGCUGCUUUUACAGUGUCGUUGGCGGCAAUCACGAGUAACAUUCCGGUACUCUGGGCCAGAGGUGGUAAUCCAAGUCCUCCUGGAAGUUUUCAACAGCAACAUUUACUUGAAAUCCGAUUGGAACCGAGUGAAAUACAAUUAUUGGAAGCCGUUCGAGGAGUUUUUUUGGCUACUCAUUGGCAUUCGUUUACCGUAAUGGCUGCUCCUUCAUUAGCAGCAAGAUGCGCUUCCAUUUUGGAUAGUCCGCCUUUAAAUCCAAAAGUUGUGCCGAUAACUCAUAAACCUCAAAAUAUUUUUAGAAAAUUAGCCGACGUUUCGAGAUCUACUAGAGGAGUAGUUUUACUAAUAUAUGAUAAAAUAUCAAAUUCAAAUGUCAAAACAUCAUCACGGAUUGUAAAUGAUGAAUUAAAUAAAAAAAAAAAAAAAAAUGAAAAAUUAAGUAGUAGAGAAUGGAUUGAUCUGGCAAAAUCGGAUUAUCUAAACGAUUUUGCUGUUCAAUUGGAUUAUUCUGACAAUAAAAAAAAUAUCCAAGAAGAAAUUCAUUUGCCAACAUCAAAAGCAUGGGGUAAAAUAACUCAACAUUUUCCAUUAAAAUCAUUCGAUAAAGAAAAUGAAAAUGAAAAUGAAAAUAUGAAAAAUAGUAAUCUUCCCGUCGGUUUAUUAUCGGUUAAACCUGAACCUUUAAAACUCGACCGACAUUUGGUUAAAGGAAGUGUUCGACUUUUAGUUUCAACUCUUCAUACAGUUUUAAAAAGAAGUGCUGAUUGGCUUAGCAUUCUCGAUUCUGAUUCUUCCUGUUGGAUUAAACCAUCGUCGAUGAAUAAAAAUUUUUCUGAAGUUUAUGCUAAGGAAAUCAAACAAGCGGUUAAAGAUUCAAUGUCUGGACAGUAUCAUUUUCAAGAAGGAGAUCGUGCUGAUCGUUCUUUGUUGGCUAAUUUUCAAAUUUUAAAUUUGGUACCGGAAAAACUUCAAAUUAAUUUCAAUAAUGAAGUUAACGUUAUAGAAGAUGCUGUUUUGUAUUGGCGUCAAGUUGGAAGGGUUUUGGGAAAAAGUGCACAAUUGAAUACAAUAGUGUGGCCUGGAGGAGAUUUGGUAGCUUCAGCAUUAAGUGCCAGAACAAAAAGUGUGUUCAGAAUCGUAACCGCACUCGCACCUCCUUUCGUCAUGGAAGGAGCUUUAGAUGAAGAUGGUCAAUGUUUAAGAGGAGUCAUUUGUCACAGAGUUUUAAAUUCUGACAAAGAUAAUUUAACACUAGUCUUUAACGAAAUGGAUACUCAAGAAAGAAUGGAAGAUGAAGUCGAAGAAUUAGGGAGAGAUGAAAAAACGGAAAAACCAUUUAAAUUUUUUGAUCAAACACUAUUCGAAUAUCAAACAACGAAAUAUAAAUAUAAAAGCAGUUGCUGCUACGGAUUAGCUAUGGAUUUAUUAGAAAAUGUUGCUCAGGAAUUACAAUUUGAAUUUCAUUUAUAUUUAAUACCCGAUGGAGCUUACGGUUCGAAAAAUCAUGUUUGGGAACAAGGAGCUCCACGUUCUAAGUGGAACGGAAUAGUAGGAGAUUUAGUUUCCGGUGCAGCUCACAUGAGUUUUGCUGCAUUGAGUGUAUCAAAACAAAGAUCACAAGUAAUUGAUUUUUCAACACCAUAUUUUUUUAGUGGAGUUUCUUUUUUAGCUGCUCCGAAACAAAAAAGCGAAGUUCCACUUUUGGCCUUUUUACUACCUUUUAGUACUGAGCUAUGGAUUGCAAUAUUUACUUCAUUGAACAUCACUGCCAUGGCCGUAGCUUGUUACGAAUGGUUAAGUCCAUUUGGUUUAAAUCCUUGGGGAAGGCAAAGAUCCAGAAAUUUUAGUAUUGCUUCCGCAUUAUGGGUCAUGUGGGGCCUUCUUUGCGGUCACUUAGUCGCUUUCAAAGCUCCAAAAAGUUGGCCGAAUAAAUUUUUAAUAAAUGUUUGGGGUGGAUUUUCCGUUAUAUUCGUUGCGUCUUACACUGCCAAUAUAGCCGCUUUAAUUGCGGGUUUAUUUUUUCAUACUUCCGUUAGCGACUAUCACGAUAGAAGUUUGUUAACUCAACGUGUGGGUGCCCCAAAAUCUUCGGCAGCCGAUUAUUACAUUCAUCCAAACACUCCGAUUUUGGAUUAUUAUAGAGCGACUGAUCACGGAUGUAAAUUACAAAAAAUUGUUGAUGCCAUAAAUGAGGAUACUUAUGCCAUAGGAAUGAAUAAAGGUUUUCCUCUCAAGGAAAGUAUUUCUGCUGUCAUUUCAAAAUAUUCAAACAAUGGAUACAUGGAUAUACUUACUGAAAAAUGGUACGGAGGUUUACCUUGUUUUAAAAUGAUUCCUUCAGUUGAAUUGACUGACGUUGGACAACCUCGACCUCUCGGAGUUGCUGCUGUCGCUGGAGUUUUUUUACUCCUCGGUUUAGGAAUGAUUAUUGGAAUUUUAAUACUUAUUAUGGAACAUUUAUUUUAUCGUUAUACUUUACCAAUAUUACGUCAUCAACCAAAAGGAACAAUUUGGAGAUCUCGAAACGUUAUGUUUUUCAGCCAGAAAUUAUACAGGUUUAUUAAUUGCGUGGAAUUGGUUUCACCUCAUCAUGCUGCACGAGAACUUGUUCACACUCUUCGUCAAGGUCAAAUAACAUCAUUAUUUCAAAAAAGUGUCAAAAGGAAGGAGCAUGAACAACGUCGAAGGAGGAAAAGUAAAGCACAAUUUUUUGAAAUGAUUCAAGAAAUUCGAAGAGUACAACAAGAAGGAAAGGAAGAAAUAAAACUUUGUCAAACUGAAAAAGAAAAUGUAGAACAAUCUCCCAAAGGUCAGUUACGAGGUUUUUUAAAUUCUCCACGAUCUCUUAAGCAAUUUUGCAGUUCUAAAUCAACCGUCAGUCCGAAAAUGUCAAUUGAUAGAACCAGUUCUUUAAAUCCUUCAGAGCUAUUAGAACCUAAAAAAUCUCUCAAAUCCCCGUCUCGAUUGGAUAUACGAAGACUUUCGAAAGAAUUAUUUUCGUUACCCUGGUCCGCGAAAAGUUCGGCCAGCCUCGAAAUUCAAAGACCGAGUUCGGAUGUGGAAGAAAACAAAGAUAGAAAAGAAAUUACGAAAACGAAUCAAAUGCCAGAAUUUAUAGCAAAGGAUAUCAGGAGUCAAGCUUCAAAAACCAUAGGAAGAAGAUUGAGUAAAGAUGUUUCAUCUUGGUUGACCACGAGUCCUCCGGAUUUGAGUUCCCGAAGAAAAUCUUACAUGGAUAUAAUUCAUCCGAAAUCUUUGAGCGUUUCGGAUAAUAUUUUAGACGGAAAUAUAAAAAGUAAAAUGAAUGUAAGUGAUUCAAAUUGCAAUAUUCUAGAUCAAACGAAAACGAGUGAUUAUGCGAAAGAAUUAUGUGCCAAAAGUUCAUCUUUAAAUGCGACUAUUAGUAAAGCAGCCACGCUAAGAUUAGCAUCGAGCGGAAGUACAAACGUGCCGAAAACUAUGAAAGUCCGACCGAGACUUCCUUCACCUACUAAAAGUCCGGUAUUAGGAUUUAGAGGUUCUCAAACUCCUAAGAUUAGUAUAUCGGACGUGGAUAACUGCGGUUUAUACGAAACGAUAAAAUCUAAAAAUGAACCCACGGGAAAAAAACCAACGAGAGGACUUCACAGUCGUAGUAAAAGUCUGGAUAAUAAAAAUCUUAAUUUCGAAACGAAGCUGGUCGAUAUUCUUUCGGCAGACAGCAGCAGUUCGCAAAUAGUCAGUUAUGCAACUUUGGAGCAUAAAGAUGACGACGAUUUGAAAAGCGUGACAAAGCAUUCAACAGAAAAAUUAUCUAAAAGUGCAUCGAACGAGGAUAAUAAUAAAAAAAUAAAAGAAAAUCGACAAGACAAAAAAAUGUCGACAUCACCCUCAAUAGUUAAAAUGGAUGGAAUAAAAUCAAAAGAAUUAUCAUUAUCGGUUAAAAAUAAAACGGAAUCUUCAAACGAAUUAAAAGUUAAUACGUGUUCAAAGUCUAAGGAUAUUGUGACAUCAAUUUAUGCAGAACCACAAAAGAUAAAAAAGAGUAAAAAUGAAAAUUUGACGACACACGUUCAAGAUGUUGAAAGUCAUUCGUCUACCAAACCUAAGGUUUCACCUAAAAGAAACGCAUUGAAAUUAAAACAAACGCGAGCGUGUAGCGCACCUGAAACCGAUACAGGUUUAUUAUCACCUUCGGUUUUCCUCGUUUCCGAUGAAACAAUAAAAACCGGUCAAUCAUCUGAUUACAAUUACUAUUCCGACGAUAAAGUAUUUAAAACAUUUAGCUACCCUAGAGAAUCAUGUUAUGAUACAUCCUCGAAACGAUUGGGAGGAGUAUCAAGUCCAAGGGAUCGGGAACAUAAUUUAAUGCAAACUCAUAGGCGGCCUUUACAAGAGAGUAGCAGUGGUGGUGGUGGGAGUGGGAAUAAAAGGAUACAAGUUUUAUCAGGAAGAAGUAGGAGCGUUCCCGAACAACAUUGUUUAUUGAAAUUUAGUGAUUACGAAAAGGAAAAACAAUGUAAUCGUAGUAGAUACGAUGGGCCUCAAUUAGUUUUACAACAUUUUUCAAGGUCACUGGAUAUGCCAUCAACGAAAUCUCGGGAAAAUUUUAAAAAUAAAAGGAAAAGUAGCAAAAGCAAAGGAGAAGAUGAUUUUCCACCGACUCUGCAAUAUUUCAAAGAAAUGAAAUCGCGUAACGGUUUAAGCAAUGAAGAAUUGUUAAAUUUUAAAAAAUCAGGUCAAAGACAGUCUGAGCCUCCAUGA